AUGAAUUCAAGAUGGUGGCGUGAACCAGGACAUUGUAUUGAGACGACAGAAAACAGUUCAGCUUUAACUUUCUCACUGGCAAUAUCUGUGUCCACCAACAGAGCAACAUGUUAGGGUGUAUGACUAAGGAUCGAUCAUAGUAGAAAUAUCAGUUAAAUAUAGUAAGGUAACACCGACAUUCACUUCUAUGCCAGGUGCUGAAGAAGUAGGAAGUUCUGAUUGAAUCUGUCAACAAUGACAAGGACACUGAGAGCUAUCCGGAUUCUGGACUACCUUGCUAUAGGUGAGUGUCGUGUGAUGCUGCUGCUGCUGUGUGUUGGGCUGGCAUCCGCUGAUUCAGAUUGCGCCAAGCAAGUGUUGACGGGCCGGAGCGGGGAGAUACGGAGCAAGCAGAUGCUGGUGUACCCCAGCAACUACUGUAAAUACUGGUUUAUAGAGGCCCCGGACAACGCUACCAUCACCAUCAGCUUUGAUUCCCUGAACGUGGCCAGCAGCUCCAACGGCAAGUGCAGUGUGAACUCUGUCACGAUUGGCCCGAUGGCACAGACCAAAUAUUGCCAGACGUCUCCCCGCCACACCUACAUUGCCAGCGUGAAGGGAGGGCACGUGUGGAUCUUCUUCAGCACGCAGCAAGUGGAGAACAACUACUUUGCACUGAAGUAUAUUGUUGGGAAAGUGCCCCAGUAUACACGGUGUGGGCCAGGGGAGAAGCGAUGCAGCAACAUGAAGUGUAUCCUUGAGGAGUGGUGGUGUAAUGGACGUGAUGAGUGUGGAGAUAACAGCGACGAGUCUUUUUGUGUCACAACCACUCCUGCCCCAGCAUGCCUCCAUCCGUCUAUCACGUGUCGUGAUGUCCACACCGGUCAACAGAUCUGUCUCAGUCGGAACUACCAGUGUGAUGGAAAGCCGGACUGUCUCACCAGGCUAGACGAAUCCAAUGCCCUAUGUCCCCAGACAACCACACCGAGCCCACACUGUUCCCACCCAUCAAUGACAUGCUAUGAUAUUCACACGGGUACCAGGGUCUGCCUCAGUCCAGAGUACCAGUGUAAUGGCCGCAAUGACUGUAUCAAUGGAGCGGACGAGUCUCAGAGCAUUUGUCAUAAAGCCACCACUGACCGCCCCACAUGUUCCCCGCAGUCCAUCCCCUGCAAUGAUGUCCAGACACGCAAGUGGACUUGCCUCAAACCAGAGUACCAGUGUAAUGGUCAACAGGACUGCGCCAACGCCGUGGAUGAGUUACAGGAACUCUGUCCUAAAUACCAGCCUUGUGGUGGGCUACUGCACGACAUCUUUGGCACCCUGACCUCGCCGCGCUAUCCCCGUGACUACCCCAACAGCAAGGACUGCGCGUGGACGAUUCACGCCGGGAACCCCGGAGACAUAGUGCAGCUGCGCUUCUCCAGCUUCAACCUGCAGCACGAACGCAACACCGACUACGUAUCGGUGUACAACGGCAGGAGCAGCAGCAGUCCACUGAUAGGGACCUACUACGGAGGAAACAAACCUCCGGCUGUCAUUGAGGGGUCCAGCAACUGGAUGUACAUCAAGUUCCAUUCUGAUCAGCACUACCCAGAACAAGGAUUCAAUGCUACCUUCCAACAAAAAGGUCAGUGUAUCCCAGGGCUCCAGGAGGCCUGCAGGAUGGAGAGCGAGUGCUACCACGUCAGCGAGAAGUGUGACGGAGUGUGGAACUGCCCUGAACAUGGAUCCGAUGAACUUGGAUGUGAUCGGUGUGGGACACUCCAGUUCAGCUGUGGGUCUGGCAGCACAUGCUACUCCAGACAGGACCGGUGCAAUGGCGGCAGUCAAUGUCACAAUCACGCUGAUGAGAAAAACUGUACUGCCCAGCAAUGCAGCUCUCACAAGGGUCUGUUCCUGUGCAAGAAUAAACGUUGCAUCUAUGAGACAUGGGAGUGCGACCGCACUGAUGACUGUGAUGAUCACUCUGAUGAAGAUGGAUGUCCUUCACCUUUCUUCACCCGGCGUGUGAUCGUCGCUGCGGUCACCGGCUCCCUCAUCUGUUCUCUGCUGCUGGUCAUCGCCCUCGGCUGUAUAUGUAAGGUGUAUGCGCUACGGAUGAACGAACAGUACGGCCCGCGACACGAGAGUCCUCUCAGCCGUCUACAAGCCGAGUUUCUACGUCGGCGUGCCCCACCUCCUCCUUACCACGAGGCCAUGUUGACAUCGAGACCAUAUGAAGAAGCCCGUCAGGAAUAUUUAAAUCAGUCACGUGAUCAGCAUAGACGAAGAUCCAGAGACCGGCGGAGAAAUCAGCAAUUGCCGCCAACCCCUGAAGAACCAUCAUCACAUCAGAUAGUGAAUGAGAAUGCAGAUGAUCAUCAGCUAGCAGGAGGUAAUGACGUUCAGCUGAUAUCUCUAAACUCCACACAUUUACAGACUGCCAAUAUGGAUACAUCUUCCACUGUGGAACUCAUUCCUCCAUCUACAGAAAGUGAUUCCGAAGACAGUCAGGCUGGGACGUACAACAAUGGGAACGUCGCUGAUGACGAUGACAACGACUCCGUUCUGCUGGAUCUCACGGACGGAGUUGGCUUAACAGCAUCCUGGCGGUCACUGUCUCAACGGAGCAGUGAUGAGGAACAGUCGCCAGAACACGUCCCCUCUGAUCCUGGUUGUGAUAGUGCUGACUCGGCUAGUGCAAGCCUAUCAGUGGAUAACAUGACACUAACUCUACACGAGUCUCUUGACAAGGAGAAUGGUGUGGAGGUGAGCGAGUCGGACCCUGUGUUGAAGGAUAUCACUGAUAAGGAAACAGGUGACCAACACCCAGCACGGCGGCCAUCAGUAGAGGAAGUCCACAACUCCGUCUCCACGCCCGUGCCUCAUGAUCAGAACACUGGCCCCGAACCAACACUUAUCAAACACCAGUGAAGUCUGACGGUAGACUGAUAGUCACAGAUCACAGAUUACUUAAUAUAUUUCCUUCAUGAUUAUGCUGACUGUUUGGAUAUGAACGUCUCGCAUACAUUACGAAAUCCUGAGAGUAUAACAUCCUUUUGUACCCCGGGGACUGGGAUGACCAGUUUGUCCUGAUCAUUUAAUCAGAUUUCUGUAUCAAGUAUGUCAUCAGCUAUUUGCUUAUGCCAUUGUUGUGUUACAUCUGUUUCAGUUGCUUCUGUGACCAGUCAUGUUGAGUUGUAGUUGACACUGUCAUUCAUGUCCUUCCUGCACCAGCCAUGUUGGGUUGUGGUCGACACUGUCAUACAUGUGCUUCCUGGAGCAGCCAUGUUGAGUUGUGGUCGACACUGUCAUACAUGUGCUUCCUGGAGCAGCCAUAUUGAGAUGUGGUCGACACUGUCAUACAUGUGCUUCCUGGAGCAGCCAUGUUGAGAUGUGGUCGACACUGUCGUUCAUGUGCUUCCUGGAUCAGCCAUGUUGAGUUGUGGUCGACACUGUCAUACAUGUGCUUCCUGGAGCAGCCAUGUUGAGAUGUGGUCGACACUGUCGUUCAUGUGCUUCCUGGAUCAUCCAUGUUGAGUUGUGGUCAACACUGUCAUACAUGUGCUUCCUGGAGCAGCCAUGUUGAGUUGUGGUCGACACUGUCGUACAUGUGCUUCCUGGAGCAGCCAUGUUGAGAUGUGGUCGACACUGUCGUUCAUGUGCUUCCUGGAUCAUCCAUGUUGAGUUGUGGUCGACACUGUCGUUCAUGUGCCUUCCUGUCAUGACCUAUGCAUUCCGUGACAUUGUAGUCGGGUCCAGCAACAUAUCAGCAAAAUAUUCCGACUUUCACAAUCCUGUAAGUGAUGUUCUGAUUGGUCAGAUGAAAGGUUGUUCUGAUGUAAUGAUAUGUGCUCCAGUCUCUGUGUAGUGGUAGUGAGAACUAAGAUCUGAUCUGAGAUUGGUGUUGAAUCGGUGGGACAGUCGGGCUCUGACUGUGUUGUCAUACCCAGACAGCAUCCAUUAUUGCUCAUGCCGUCAGCCAUUGUGUCUGGGUGUCUAUUUAGGGGGUGGUCUGAUGCGGUCAGCCAUUGUGUCUGGGUGUCUAUUUAGGGGGUGGUGUGAUGCCGUCAUCCAUCGUGUCCGGGUGUCUAUUUAGGGGGUGGUGGGAUGCAGUCAGCAUGUUGCCCACUGAUGUUAAUGACAGAAUAACUCACUCACCUAAGUAAAUAUAUUUCAUUCAUUGGCAGUAACUGAAAUGUUGCAGUUCUGCUGGAGCACAGCUGUGUCGUGCCAGUCUGUCUGCCAGAAGUUUGGUUAGUGCUGUGUGUAUCAUUAUACUGAUUAUACAAACAUUCUGUGCUUUACAUUCUGAAUAUUUUGUUCCUCUCAACGCUAUCAACUCCGAGUGUUAUUAUAAGAUUUGCAUGGAUUAUUCCUGGGAUGGAAACUUUUCUCCAGCCAGUGUAGCAGCUUCAUCUGCUUCAUUGAUGCAUGUUUCUAUACUUUAGCCACUUUUAUAUGGACGAAAUGUGUUUGUUUUUCUCGUUAUAUGCUCAUUAACAGAAUUAGUAUUUAGUAUUAACAGGAUAAUUCCGUAGCAUCCCAAGGUAGGGCCUACUGCUGUGAUGGACAACGGGGGUGAAGAUUUCACAGUGUUGGUUGCUGUAUGUGAUUAUAUGGACAGGAAUCUCUAGCAUAACUUAUUUCGUAUUUCAUGUUCCUUCUGUUAUGUUAUUUCAUGCUAAUUAUAGAGGCAAUAAAUAGACACACAACA